GGACAAAGAGCGCACACUGUUGCUGUUUUUUGACUAAAGAACGACGAGUAUUGUUUCGGAAGUCUUGGUAACCGCCUACUUGCUUCAAAGAUCAAGGAUCCGCAUAAUUUUGUGUUGUAGGGUAUACAUUCCAAUCAGGCGCACUAUGGCAGAGAUUCACACGCCCAUUCCAAGCUUGAAGCUUAACGAUGGUCACUUUAUUCCAAUGCUCGCAUAUGGCACUGGGACGGCAUGGUAUAAGAGGAGUGCAGGGGAGAUAGACCGCACUCUUGUUAACGCCAUCAAGAGCGCGAUAGGUCUCGGUUAUCACCAUCUAGACGGCGCUGAAGGUAUGCUCACGCCCUGUCUGUCUUGGGCAUGUGGUUAAUUGAGCACCGAGUGUAUAAUACUGAAGUGGAACUCGGUUUGGCUAUUAAAGAGAGCGGCGUCAAGCGUGAAGAUUUAUAUUGUGUGACCAAAGUCAUGAAAAAUGUCGACAAUAUUGAACUCGCUCUUGACGAAUCUCUGAAGAAGUUGCAGCUUGAAUACGUUGAUCUAUACCUGAUUCAUGCCCCCUGGUUCUCCCACACUGAAAGUAGUGCUACAAGUCCGUUUGACGAGAGCAAACUUCAGUCCACGUGGGCCACCAUGGAGAAGAUCAAGGCUUCAGGCAAGGCUCGCUCGAUUGGUGUGUCAAACUAUCUGCCCAAGCACCUAGAGGCAGUGCUCAAAACUGCGAAGAUCCCGCCAGCUAUAAACCAGAUUGAGUUCCAUCCAUACCUCCAACAUCCCGAGCUGCUAGCCUUCCACAAGAAACACAGCAUUGCGACGAGCGCAUACGGUCCUCUCACGGCAGCAACGAAAGCGAAGCCCGGGCCAGCGGACGAGCUUCUUGCGGCGUUGGCAAAGAAGUAUGCUGUGAGUGAGGGUGAAAUCUGUUUGCGUUGGUGCCUUGACCAGGAUGUUGUCGCAAUCACGACCAGCGCCAAAGAGCAGCGACUUGCUGACUACUUGAGGUGCACAAAAUUCAAACUCACGCCGGAAGAGCUGAGACAGCUCAACCAGCUGGGUGCAGAGAAGCAUUUCCGGGGCUUCUGGGGGAGUACGUUCGAUGCGAACGAUCGAACAUGAGAGCAGAUGUAAAGGAGGGGAAAGCGAGAGUGUGGAUAUGGGAAAGAAAUUGUGUUGAAGCCAUAGGUUGGAAACAAUGACCCAAGAUGCCGUGCUGUGUAGAGCAGAUCAAAGAGCAAACUGGCGUCAGAGAAUGCUGUAGACAUUGGAAAGCGAUGUGGAUGCUUACGAGACUCUUCCUUCGCCUUGUGCAAUGUUCCGACAGAUACAACCCCUGUCCAUUUUCAC